GCUAGAGAUAAAAUUCACUGAUGUUUCUAUGUUUUCUUUCAAGAAUCUCCAAGAGAGUGAUAUCAAAGGACGCAAAUCGAAACUUAGCAACCAGGGACGGGUUAUAGUCAUUGACUCCAGCGAAGAAAGUGAAGAGGGUGAUGGUAGCUUGGUCCAGCUGCAAAACAAGAAAGUGAAAUUGAAUACCAACAGCCAGAGUUCAAAUGCGUCCCCCAUGCACUAUACAACUUCAGUGUCACCCGGAAUACAACCUGUGUUGCUUAAUAAAGAUUCAGCACCUGCGUCCACUGACCCGUCCAUGUCAGCAGGUCAAGCUAGUUUCGCAGCAGCCCUUCGAAAAUUAGCCAAACAAGCUAAACCAGUUCCGUCUUCAACCUCAUCUCCUGCACCAUCAAACAGCAGCUCUCAGUCUGUUUCACCCAGUAUCUCUGCUGUCAGUGGAAAAAGUACAGGAAUGUCUCCAUCCAGAACCUCACCAUCAGCAAGUCAAACAGAAAUGAAUACCAAAGAUAGGGGAGAUCAUCAGAGUCCAGGAGUGAUUCCUAACCGUACCCCUCCUGUGACGUCCACUGCAACACUGGAUCCAGAUCACAGAAAUCACCGCCCAGGUGAACAAACUCAUGACCCAAAUAGGGGUCCCCAAAGGCCAGAAGUUAGCCACCAGGCUCGGAUGGGGCAUGAAGUGAUGCCAGGUGUUUAUUCAACAGUGGCUAGAGGUCAUUCAGAAGUGCCCAUGCUGUCGGAGCACUAUCCAGGCGCAGAGCCUCCUCAUGCUCCUGUAGCCUUCUAUCCAGCUUAUGACAAGAUGCCCAUAUAUGUGCCUCGAGGAGCCCAUCCACCUGGGCCCCCUCCCCUCCUGGCCUCCAAACGAGAGGGUCCAGAGGCCCACAUGUUACCAGCAUUCUACCCAACACCUUACCCUCCACCAGUAUUAGAUCCACAUGAUGUACGUUUCAGCACCUGGAGGCAACAGCGAGCAGCAGAACAUUUACGGCAGCAGCAUGAGCGACAUUCAAUUUUGCCAGACGGUACAAUAAUUGUGGAGCCAUCAUAUGACAUUCAUGUCGGCCAUGUUGGGGAACCGGCUCGACAUUUACCACCAGGAAGUGUUGAGCCAUUUGUCAGGAAGAACUCUCCACACCUAAGACCUGGAGAUACUCCUGAGGCAAGGGAAAGCAGGAAACAGGAAGGAAGUGAAUCUGCAAAGAAAGAAAAACAAAGUGAUGGUGCCCAAGGGGAACCAGAAAGGAGUUCUGGAGAGGGACCUCUUCCACGGGGGUUCUACCAGGAACAUAAACCAGGAUCCUGUCCUGUUCAUGGACAUGGCACACCUGGAGGGGCACCAACAUCAAGCUCAUCUGAGCCACCUAGAAGUCAUGGUCUUCAUGUCCGAGGUGACCCAGCACUGGUGUCUAAGAUGGGGCGACCUGGAGAAUACAAAAGAAUGUUCCUCCCAGCUCAUGAAGUACCCGUGCUUCAUCCUUACUUAGUCCACCCCCAUAGAGAUCCUCCCUACCCUAUUCACCCCCUGGAUGAGAGGCAUGCAGAGUUUGUUAGAGAACGAGAAAGACAGGUGAGGGUAAAUGGUUUUCAGGAACAAUGUAAACUAAGAUGGGCUUAA